AUGCGGGUGACGGUCAGCUCUACGGCGGACAACUGCGAAGGAUGGGUGCUCGAGCUCGAGGUGUCCCAGAAGACGACGGUGGCUGCGCUGAAAAAGCUGCUGGCGGGGCCACCUCACUUCCUUGGUGUUGUGGCAAGCACCAAAGUUCUGUUUCGUGACAAUGGUGUGCUCACAACCUUGUUCGACAAAGAGAUUGUACAUAGCCACGUGACACUUCUCAAUGUCAAUGAUGACAGGGUGCUGCCGUUCCCUGCUGACUUCCUCUGGGGUGCUGCUACAGCUGCUUAUCAAAUUGAGGGUGCAGCAGACAAGGAAGGACGAAGUCCGAGCAUUUGGGACACGUUUUGCUCCAUCCCGGGCAAAGUACACAAUGGUGAUUCAGGAGCACAUGCUUGCGAGCACUACUACAGAUACGCUGACGAUGUCAAACUCAUGAAAGAUCUGGGAUUGAAAGCGUAUCGUUUUUCCAUUUCAUGGUCGAGGUUGCUCCCAGCAGGAACUGGCAAACCGAAUCACAGAGCCGUCGAUUUCUACCAGUCGCUGUUGUCAGAGCUCUGCAGCAGCGGGAUCACUCCGGUGGUGACUUUAUAUCACUGGGAUCUUCCGCAAUGCCUGGAGGACAAGUAUAGCGGGUGGCUCUCCCGAGAGGUGAUUGACGACUUCGAGUACUACGCAUCUGUGUGCUUUGAUUGCUUUGGGAGUGAGGUGAAACAUUGGAUCACGCUGAACGAGCCCUGGUGUGCCUGCGCUCUUGGCUAUGGCAGUGGCGAGCAUGCUCCUGGUCGAAGCCAAGAUCCGGGAAAGGAACCGUAUCUUGCUGCGCAUCACAUGCUUCUGGCUCAUGCCAGAGCUGUGAAGUGCUACCGUGAUCAGUACCAGAACACGCAGGGAGGCAACAUAGGCAUCACACUGAACAUGGACUGGAAGGAGCCUUUGGGCGACAAUGCAGCGGACCAGGCUGCACAGCGACGUGCUUUAGACUGGCAGCUUGGUUGGUUUGCCGAUCCGAUCUACAAAGGCGCCUACCCAGCCACGAUGCGCGAGCGAUGCGGCGAUCGGCUCCCGGAGUUCAGCGACAAUGAGGUGGAGCUGCUGAAGGGAUCUUCCGAUUUCUUUGGGCUGAACCAUUACUCCACCGACUUCGUGUCACCGGGUGAGGAUGGACCACCAGCUACUCCGAACUUCUUUGCUGACCAGGACGUCAAGAACAUUUCAGAUCCACGUUGGCAGAGAACCGACAUGGGCUGGGACAUCGUUCCAUGGGGAUUUGAGAAGCUCUUGUGUUGGAUUCAGAAGGAGUAUGCCCCUGCUGGUGGAAUCCUUGUCACCGAGAAUGGUUGCGCCAUUCGAGAAAAUACGGAAGCAGAAGCACUGCAGGAUUCCACCCGCGUCGAGUACCUGCAGGGCUACCUUGCGCAGCUGCACAAAGCCAUGGCAAACGGUGCGGCCAUAAAAGGCUACUUGGUUUGGUCAUUGCUGGACAACUUCGAGUGGUCCUUCGGCUACGCCAAGCGCUUCGGGAUUGUUCGUGUGGAUUUCGUGACGCAGCAGCGCACGCCAAAGGCUUCCGCACACCUCAUCUCCUCCUUGUGCAAGGGUGAAAAGCUGAGAGUGCCCUCGCGCAUUCACGUCUCCUCCGAGUUUGUGCCGUUCCACGGCAGGGGCAAGGAGCCGGAGGCCGAGCCCAAAAAGGCGGGUCCCACGCUGUCCAAGGCCGAUGCGAAGCGAAUGCUGGAGGAGUUCAUCGCGCGCUACCAGGAUGACCACUUUCAGACUAAGAUGGUUAGCUGUUUCCAACAGUUUCUCAUCCACAAUGAUGAGAUGCGGCUUCUGAAAGCCCGGAGGAGUCUGUGCAUGCCCAUACAGGCAGAGAUCAUCCCAAAGUACGGCUUCGAGCCCACAGCGCGUGGUGUUAGCCGAGUGCAGGCCACCCUAAGCGCGCCCACGCUGACGGAGGACCCUGAGAUCCAGCAGAUGAACCAUUUUGUCGUGUACUUGACCGGAGAUCUUCCGAAGUCGAAGGCUGCAGAAGGUGCAACUGUUUGA